AUGUCCGAAGGAGAAGCAGCAACAGCUGCUGCUGCUGCAACAGCAGCAGCAGCAGCUGAGACAGCUGCCGCUUUGCUGCUAGAGGACCAGCAUCAGCAACAGCAACAGCAACAGCAGCCGAUAGUGCAGCAAGACCAACAGCAGCAACUAGCGCUACAGCAACUCUCGCAGCAGCCGCAGCAGCAGCAGCAGCAGGCUGUGCUGCUUCAACAGCAGCAAGAUGGAGUUGUAGAAUCAAGCCUAGUGCUGCGGCAGCAGCAAGAUCAGCAGCAGCUGCAGCAGCAGCAGCAGCAGCAGCAGGAUCUGCAGCAGCAGCAACAGCUUUGCGACAAUGAUUCUGCUGUUCGACAACAUCUAUGGCAGUUGCAGCAGGAGCUACAACAGCACGAGCAGCAGCAGCUGCUGCUGCAGCAGCAGCAGCAGCAGCUUGUGCAGCAGCUGCCGCUGCAGACAUGGAGGGAAGUUGAAUAUCUUUUUAUUAAUCGCGGUGUACAGCUAGCUGAUUUAGCUCGUAAGAAGGCAGCAGCAGAAGCAGCAGCAGCAGCAGCAGCUGCUGCUGCUGCUGCUGCUAAUGAUGCUGCUGCUGCUGGUAGUGGUAGCGAAGACAGAACUUCUCCAUCACCUGCAGCAGACACAGCAGCAGCAGCAGCAACAGCAGCAGCAGCAGCAGCAACAGCAGCAGCAGCAGCAACAACAGCAGCAGCAGCAGAAGCAAAUACAGCAGCAGAGGAUGACUUAGGAUGCGAUUCCUCUUCAUCUUUACGAUCUGCAUCUGCUGCAGCAGCAGCAGCAGAAGCAGCAGCAGCAGCUGCAGCAGCAGCAGCAGAAGCAGAAGCAGCAGCUGCAGCAAUCCCUGAGGAAAUAGAUGAAUUAUUAUUUGAUGGUAUACCUAGGUCUUCCCUCUUAUCCGAUCCGCUGCUGCUGCCUGCUGCACUGCAGCAGCAGCAGCAGCAGCAGCUGCCGCUGCCGCUGCCUGCUUACCCUACUUCAAGGCUGCUGCUGCUGCAGCGCCGCUUGCUGCUGCAAAAGAACCAGCAGCAACAACAACAGAAACAGCAGCAGGAGCAGCAUCAGCAUCUACUGCAGCAGCAGCAGCAGCAACAGUUGCUGCUGCAGGAGGACAUACUAGGAGGGGAGGGAGGAGACAGCGAAGAUGAGCAGCAGCAGCAGCAGCAAAGACACGAAUUAUUUGAUCCUGAUUCAAGGGUGCUGCAGCAGCUGCUGCAGCAGCAUGCAACACCAGAGGGUAUAGCCGAGGCGCAGCCGCUAGAGGCAGACUGGAAGGUCCCUCCCUUUUUGCUGCAGCGUUAUUUAUCCUUUGAGCCUCAGCAGCAGCUGCCUGCUGCUGCUGCUGCUGCUGCUGCUGCAUGCGGCAGCAACUUCCCGCAGCAGCUGCAGCAGCUACACAAGGAGCUCGAUCUGCUGCAGCCCCCUCCCCCCCCACCAACAUUAUACAUGCAGACUAGGCACAUGCAGCGUCAUGCUGCUAAGGUCCUUAAAGUGCAUGCGCUGCUGCAGCAGCAGCAACAACAGCAACAGCAGCAGCAGCAGCAGCAGCAGCAAGAUGAGCAGCAACAAGGAGGACAGCAACAAGACUCGGCAGCAGAACCAAACUCCGCACCACCAUACAACAACAGCAACAGCAGCAACAACAACAGCAGCAGCAGCACCACCACCACCACCAACACCAACAGCAGCAGCAACAGCAGCAGCAGCAGCAGCUGCAAGUCUUUUUCUUAUUUACGUAGUUAUAUAAAUUAUUAUUUACUUAGUGGUCUCCGUUUGCCUUUGCAUGCAGAAGUUGUUGGGGCUUUAUUAGCUCAUGAAUUAAAGGAUUGGCAAGCCUUGCUGCAGCCCUCGUUGCUGCUGCUGCUGCAGCGGCAGCAGCAGCAGCAGCAUCAACAGCAUCAACAGCAGCAACAGCAAUUGGUCCAGCAGCAGCAACAGCAGCAGCAGCAGCAACAGCAGCAGUUGCUGCAGCUGCAUGCAGGUACAAGACGGCUAAGCCGUCUUGCAUGCAAGGUAACAUGGCCACCACCUCUUGCUGCUUCUCCUAUAGGAGAGCAGCAGCAGCUGCUGCUGCUGCAGCAAGUUGCUGCUUCUCGAUGUCUUCUUGCUCUUAAUGCAUUAAGGAAUUCACGAUUAGAUAGACAAUAUGCUAUUUAUAAUGUUUAUCCAGAGCAACAACAGCAGCAGCUGCAGCUGCUGCUGCAGCAACAGCAGCAGCAGCAGCAGCAGCAACCAUGCUGCUGCGGCACCCCAGAUCCUUGCUACACCCGACCAUCUACACCCACCAACAGCAGCAGCAGCACCACCCCCACCUCCCCCACCAGCACCACCACCCCCACCAGCACCACCACCACCACCAACAGCAGCAGCAGCAGCAGCAGCAGCAGCAGCAGCAGCAGCAGCAGGGACUUAUUAUUUUCUGUGGCAGUAUUUGAUUCAGAGAGGAGUUCGAUGAUUUGCUGCUGCUGUGAAUUAACAGAAAGACAAACACUUGCUGAUUUACGUGCAGCAAUGGUUGGCUGCUGCAGCAAGGAGAAUAGCAGCAUCAGCAGCAGCAGCAGCAGCAGCAGCAGCAGCAGCAGCAGCAGCAGAGGGAGCUGCUUCUUAAUAGGAGGAGUACUAUUUGCUGAUAGCGAGGAUAAGGAUAACCUACAACAAUAUUCUUUAUUAAUAAAAAAACAUCUGCAGGGGGAAGGAAGAUUAAGAAUAAAUAAUAAGGGGAAAGAAGGAAUUAUUCUGCUGCAGCAGCAGCAGCAAAUGCUGCACCUGCUGCAGCAGCAGCUACUCACAUUCGGAGACAGCAGCAACAAUUGCUUCCUUCAUUGUGGUGGUUGUGUACACCGUGUGCUGCUGAUGGGGGUAAGAGAGACACCAUAUAUAUUGAGGUGUAUAGGCACCUCACACGAGCAGCAGCAGCAGCAGCAACAGCAGCAGCAGCAGCAACAGCAGCAGCAGCUGAUGCUGCUGCCACGACGCUGCUAUAUACCUCCCCUUAAGAAUCAAUUAUGCCAUGUCUGCUGCAGAGCAGCAGCAGCAAAAGCAAUUGCUAGCAGCAUUUGCUGCAGUCUAUUUAACCCCACACUUUUAUGUCAUGCAUGCGCUGCUAUACCUUUCCCUCAUCUUAGCAGCAGCAGCAGCAGCAGCAGCAGCAGCAGCAGCAGCAGCAGCAGCAGCAGCAGCAGUUGGUUAGCUGAUGUCGACCCAUUUGCUAUACACUUUGAUCUACAUGGUAGCGUCAUUGAUAAUCAAUAA